AUGGCCGACAACGUUAUGACCGCGCGGUUGGUCAUCAAGGAGUUGGCCCAAUUGCAGGGUGUGUACGCGUCGUUUAUGCCGAAGCCGUUUACCGGCAGCAACGGCAGCGGCAUGCAUACCCACCAGUCGCUGUUUCGCGGUAACACCAAUGCGUUCUACGACUCCGACGACGACCUCCAUCUUUCGGUUACGGGCAAGCGGUUCAUCGCCGGCCUGCUGCGCCACGCCCCGGAGAUUACGCUGGUAACCAACCAGUGGGUAAAUUCCUACAAGCGGCUGGUGCCGGGAUACGAAGCGCCGGUUCACGUUUCCUGGACGGUAUCAAACCGGCUGGACCUGGUGCGCGUGCCAUCCUACAAAUCCGGUUACGACACGUCGUUGCGGAUCGAAUACCGUGCGCCCGACCCGGCGUGCAACCCUUAUCUGGCCUUCAGCGUGUUGCUGGCAGCGGGAUUGAAAGGCAUAGAAGACGAAUAUCCGCUGCCCACACCGGUAACUGCCGAUGUCAGCUCAAUGUCAAUCGAAGAACGCACGGCGCGGGGCAUCACCGCGCUGCCCGGCAGCCUGGGCGAAGCGAUUGCGUUGGCUGAGGGCAGCGAACUUCUGCGCCGGACGCUGGGAGAUUUCGUGUUCGAUUCGCUGUUGCGCAACAAGAAGAUGGAGUGGGGCCAGUACCGAUCCACGGUUACCGAUUACGAAAUUGCCCGCUACCUGCCGUUGCUGUAG